UUUUCGGCAAAGUAGACAGUUACGUAGAUCCCAACAUAGGAUUAUCCCUGGCAGAAUCAUCCGAAGGAAUUCUUCCUUCGAAUUCUGAAUUAGCAUAUUCAUACUGUCUUUUUCAUCUGUCAUCUGCAGCCUAUAGCAACUCUGCAGUUCGCAUGAACCCUGGAUGAGAUAUGGUCCAUAACUUUUAUCUCUAAAUCUGAUCAAAACUGUUUCUUGGAAUUUUGGGCAGGUUAUGACUGAUUUUCUACUCUGUGACGCUGUAUAAAUAUGGGUCUUAUGUCACUUGGACACAACAUUAAAAAAGACCCUAUUUAUGCGCUGAGCCCCCUUGCUGUUCUUGUUGGGACAGGAGCAGCCACACAUAAUUAACAGGUGGUCACCGCAGCUUUGCACACAGCCCUGUGUAUCUGCAGCUCCCAAAGACAGUCUGACUGACUGGGACUCCAGACCUGACGAACAUGAAGAUGUUCUGGCUGAUUCGUCUGACUCUUCUGGUGCCCGGCCAAACUCUCGUCAUGAGCUUGCCUCUCCGAAACCCAGACCUGCACACACCACCCCAUGCUGGUUCAUCUGAAGCUGACCAGGAGUUUGCAAAGGAAUAUCUACAGCACUUCUACGGCUACCAGCCCAAGUCAGAGAGAGAGAAGAGGAAUGCAGACACGGCUGGUGAUGCUGACUGGGAUACCGGACUCUGUGAUAAACUGCAAGGCAUGCAGCGCUUCUUUGGUUUACCGCCAAGUGGAGAGCUGACCGAAGAGACUGUGGCGGUUAUGAAGAGGCCGCGAUGUGGUCUGUCAGAUGUGGAACGAUUUGGUAACGGAAUUCGCUGGAAGAGGAGCACCCUCAGCUACAGGAUAGCUGGCUCCAACCUCCCCAAAUCAGCCUCAAAUGUUCACAAAGUCAUCAGGGCGGCAUGGAAACUCUGGUCCAGUGUCGCGGCUGUUAAAUUUCGCAAGCGGAGCAGGAAAGAGGCUGACAUUGUCAUCUCCUUCUAUAAUGGCGACCAUAAGGAUGGCGCACCUUUUGAUGGCACAGGCGGAAUCCUGGCUCAUGCCUUUAUGCCUGGGGCUGGUAUUGGCGGAGAUGUGCACUUUGAUGCUGAUGAAGACUGGAGCUUUAAUACUACUGGUUUCAACCUAUUUGCUGUGGCAGUCCAUGAAUUUGGCCAUGCACUUGGCCUGCCCCACUCAUCUGACCCGGGAGCCAUCAUGUACCCAGUAUACAACUUUGCCCCCACUUAUGACCUGCAGCUCUCUUUUCGCGACGUCAAAGAUGUCCAACACCUGUAUGGUAUCAGUCCCAGUUUUGCUUCACUAUUCUCAAAAAAGCCUCCUCCAAGAACACCUGACAAAUGUGAUCCAGAUUUGUCUUUUGAUGCCGUAUCAGAAUUACAACAGGAGGUCGUUUUUUUCAAAGACAGAUUUAUGUGGCGCAGACAUCCUCAUUUUGAUGAAACUGGAAUCACUCUGAUAAGCAGUCUGUGGCCAGACACGGUACCUCCUUACUUAGAUGCUGUCUAUGAGAAUGUGGAGAGGAAUGUAAUUGUGUUUUUCAAAGGUAAUCAGCACUGGGUGCUGAGGCAGCUAAAACUUGAGGAGGGUUAUCCUAGAAACAUCUCAGACUUGGGCUUCCCCUCCAGAAUAAAAUCUGUAGAUGCUGCUCUUCAUUUCCGAAUUGAACGCUACACUGUGUUCUUCACUGGCCAUGAGUGUUGGAAGUACAAUGAGCAGCAGAAGAUGAUGGAGGGAUCACCGACACUCAUGGAGAAGCUGUGGCCCGGGAUUCCAGCUCCCAUAGAUGCAGCGGUCUUUUAUGAGGGAUUUGUGCACUUCUUCAAGGGAAAUACCCACUACAAAUAUGACUCAAACUUCAAACGGGUGGUCUCCACCAGCCCUGCUAACGACCUGCUGGAAUGCAAGAUGGACAACAAUGAAAUACUGACAGAGAAGAGAUAAGUGAAGGAAGGCAGUUCAUGUAGCUUGAUGACAAUGGUGCUGUGUAUCUACUCUACGUGCAUACAGUAGAAAAAGUGUGAUAAAACAGUAAAUUCAGCAAUAACCACAAUGUACCUAAUAGGCUUACUGAUGACUAAUGUAGGGAAGUGGUUGAAAGUGUUACCUCAGUGUUUUAUGCAAUUUUGGAUUAAUGGCAUGUGUACAUUUUAUCAAAAUGUUUUGUUGUGUUUGAUUUGAAAUAUAACUCCACAUGUUUUGAAAUAUAUGUGCUUUGCUCAAAUAUUGCUGCUAGAUGUUUUCUUUAAUGAUACCAACACUUUUUCUAAAGAUAUUCUUUUUAUCACUUGCUUUUUUCAUAUUACAACACAUUUAUUCUGUCUGUGUUUCUGCAUUUACAGGUGUUGCUAAUUUACCUGAGGCAGUACAUUACAUACCACGUCAUUACUCAGUGUCCAAUAUUGGGUAACACUGACCAAAAUGUAGCUUUCCAUUACUAUUAAUGUAUAAUGAGGUGAUGGAAUAUUACAGACAUUAACCACCUGCAGUUGACUCACAAACAAAUGAUAGACUGAACUGAUUUUAGUUUUUUUCAUCAAGUGCCUAAUGUUUAAUUUAAUAACAAUAUGUGAAUUUUCAGCUGUUACUGCUGCAUAUGAUGGUACAUUUCAAGUCAUGAUUAUGUGUUUUCUAUUAUUUCUUCUCAUUUUAAUAACUAUUUUACCGGUAUAAUUUCGUUGACUUAAAAUUAGGUCAUAUCACAAAAAACAAAUCUCUUUCAAAUCUCAAUUAAUUUGUAGAUCCAGAAAUGUUUUGAAGGCUACCAAAAACAAGAUCACAAUGAGGUCCAUCUGUUGCUGAAUGUUCCUCGACGGAUAGAAUUUGGGUCUUUUUAAAGGAUUUCUUUACAUUGCAUGGUAGAGCAUAUUUCUGACAU